AUGCAACUCUUUGUCAAGUCCCUUGCAGGUAACACCCUCGCUCUCGAGGUCACUUCCUCCACCUCUGUUGAGAAUGUCAAGUCCAUGAUUGCUGCCCGUGAAGGUAUUGACGCUGAUUUCCAAUGUCUUUCUUUCGCUGGUAAGUCUCUCCAAGACUCUGAGGCUCUUGCUCUCUACGGUGUCCAAGACAACUCUACUCUCCACCUCAACGCUGAGCUCCUCGGUGGUGGUAAGAAGAGAAAGAAGAAGACCUACACUACCCCCAAGAAGAUCAAGCACAAGCGCACCAAGGUCAAGAUGGCCAUCCUCAAGAUGUACAAGGUCGAUGAGUCUGGUAAGAUCACCCGUCUCCGUCGUGAGUGUCCUAAUGCCACUUGUGGUGCUGGUGUCUUUAUGGCCAAGCACAAGGACAGACAAUACUGUGGCAAGUGUCACUUGACCUAUGUCUUCCAAAAGGACCAAGAGGCUUAA